UGUUUACAUGUGAACUCUGCAAAUCUAGUAUUCUUUGUAAAAGUAUGAGGAUGAAAGUUCUUGUUCAAAGAAAUCCAAAAGUAUGUGAAAACAAGAUGCCCCGGUCACUUGAGACCAAAAUGAAACCUUCUGGCCAGCAUACACGACACCGUUUGUGUGAGAAAGAGACAUUUAACAAUUUCCCAGUGGGCCAACAUAGCAGCAUCAGGCAGUGGGAAUGUUUCUUCAGCUGUGAAAGAGAAGCUAGUUAGAUGGCAAGCUGGAAAUUCAGGGCACACUUUUGUUUGUAGAAAGAAAUAACUGAAAGCCUGUGUUUUUGUUGUACACUUAUGCACUAGUUGGAGGUGCAGUAUGACUUCAGCUUGUUCUGACCAGUUCAGGAGAUCAACAAAACAGGAAUUUAAAGUGUUAAAUAAGCAAAUGCUGUUUUUCCACUUAAGUUUUUUUUUUUUUUUUUUUGCUGGCAGGUUCUUACAGGUCCACACUGGCAAACAGGAUGUUCACCUGUCCUACCUGUCACUUCAUAGGAUUAUCCCCUGCAAUCUGCCAAUCACUACAGAGUGAAAACAGAAAACAGGCUGAAGUAGAGCUCCCAAAACCUGUUUUGGAUUACUAUUUCAACAACACGAUUCAGGAUCUGCCAUUCGCCCUGGACUUAAUCAGCUUCCGAUAUGUGAGGAAACCAAAGCCAAAAAGCCAGACGAAAACAACAAAGAAGAUGAUUUGUGAGAGUGUGAGGAGUGGAAGUGGACCCCGUUCCCCCCCACUCCCCCCCGUGGAUCCUGUGUGGGACGGGAACGCACGACAGGAGAGUGCGUGAUGCCGCACCAACAGACGUCAGUGUGAGACUCUGAAGAGGCCCUGCUGGGAGGUGUGAUGGCUGCUGCUGAAUGGGUCUCUGAGCCUUCAGGCAAAGUCAUGGUGGUUAAUACAGAGAAGCAGGAUUGCAGGGACAACAACCAUCAGAGACAAAUCAUCCUGCAGCUAAAUGGGCUAAAUGGCGACAGUGCUGGUACUGCCACCACAGUUUUAGCGAUAGAGACACAUCAAAGUGACUGUAAAGCCGAUGAAACAGAGAUAGAGUACGGCUACCCCAUCACUUGUGGAGACAGCACAGCAGUGCUGCUGUUUAAGAAGUUUGUCUGUCCUGGAAUCAAUGUACAAUGUGUUAAGUUCAAUGACCAGCUCAUUAGUCCCAAGCAGUUUGUACACUUGGCAGGAAAAGCCACUCUGAAGGAUUGGAAAAGAGCCAUCAGAGUGGGAGGAGUUAUGCUCAGGAAAAUGAUGGACUCUGGCCAGAUAGAUUUCUACCAGCAUGAGUCAGUGUGCAGCAACACCUGCCGCAGCACCAAGCUCGAUGUGCUGAUGAACAGCACCCGGCCUCCUCCAGGGGCCUUGGUGCAACCAAGCCUGUAUUGUUUGGCUCUCGAGCCUGAUGGGGGACAGCUGCCUACAGUGACAGGGGAAGCUGGCGAUGCAGUGGAGUUGGAGGAGUCUUUGGAGGAAAUGAUUGGACCGGCAUCAGAGCAGAGUAAUGGUUCAACACCACUUGUAAACUCCACAAUCAACGGACAUCCUGCCAACAUGAAGAGAGCUGAUUCACUUGGUGGAGUGAUGAGACUUUGGAGGGGUGUAGCGGAGUCUGGCCUGAUGGUGGAUGUUCUGUCUGGUCUCCAUGCUAAACUUGUGAACACCCUUCAAGGUGUCGAGCUUCGCAGCGAGAACGGCAGCCUGCAGGAGACAGAUGCUCAUAUACUGAAUUCUCUGUGUGAGAUGUUUGGACUUUUGGACUCAGUGAAACAAGCCUUGGACCUUAGGUGCACUCAGAACCAAGAGAGUAAAAUCCAUCACGUGCUGGAUGAGAUCUCGGAGGAACACAGGAAGCAGAGCUGCAAUCAAAGAAAAUCUUACAAGACCUCAUCCUUGAAACACCUCCGACCUCACCGUCAGAGCCAGCAGAAAAGCUGUUUGCACAACUUGCUGCUGAAUGAAAGGACAAACACAGUGAUCCGUCCGCUUUCUUUCACUGGUUUAUCUGCUGCAUCUCAUGCUCAGGUCUUCAGCCAUUUCUCUGCCCCCGCUGGCUGGAGUCACCUUGUUGGAGCCGGCAGGACAGAUGGAGUGGGCCAAGGUGGCAACGAGAAAAAAGAUACCUCAGGAAAGAACAAAGAGAUGAAACAGAAGACGGUACUUCUUCCUGGAGAUGGUCCGAUCAGAUGUGAUGAGGCUGGAAAGACAAAAAGCUCACAUGGCACCGAGAACGUUAAGUAGAUUUCUGUGGCUCAAACUGAGAGGAAAAUGUAAGAGAUUAAAUGAAAACCCACAGUGGAGACUCCACAUCCACUAAUAUGUUGUGGAACAAACCUUCCUGACUGUGAGGUAUCCCAAGUCUAUUGGAUUGGGUUUUUAGAACCAUCAGAUGUAUGGUGGAAAUAUAAAUUAGAUCCAGAUAAAGGCAUACAUUUCCAGCAGAAUUUCCUGAAGAACAAUGUCUUAUUAAUGGUUACAUUAUGGUGGCUGACUGGUGUAUAAAUGGGUUUUUUUGGUGUAAUAACUACAGAAACAGAGGUACAGACACACACCAGACAAAUUGUGAUGUUUACAAUAAGCAUUGGUUUUAGGGACUUUAUAAGAAAAAUUCAAUCAAAGAAAAAAAUAUUAACCACUUUAUUGACUGCCUGGCCUGUAAUGUACAGUGUAUUGUUAAUAUAUAUAUUUUUUAGUUUUUGCUUUUAUAAUGAUAAAACACACAGUAUUCAAGGAAUUUAAAAUACCAUUUUGCUUUUUAAUUCUAUACCUUUUUUGUAAUCUCAGUUCACAGCAAAUUACAUCUCAAGUAACUUUACAGGGAAAUUAAUCCACCCAAUUCAUUUCCAAUUAUCUAAAAAAAGAUAUCAAGAAUCAAAUCUAGUCAGUUCCUGAUCUACAUACCUUCUAACUUAAUCCGAAUUAUAAUUACAGUCAAAUUCAGUUAAUCAUUUCAGACCUUUUGGUAAAAGGUUAAGGAAGGCAAGCUGAAUACAUGAAGAGGACAGUAGUGAGACAGACAUAGAAGCACCUAAGUACUGCUGGUCCUUGGAAAGUACUGCUUGUACAAACGGAGAACACAAGGUUAACAGCAGCAAUAGCUCACUCUCUGAUUUUGUCCAUGUAAAUCCACCAAAUUACUGAGCUCAGUGUAUCUUCUGUUGGAAGAAUAACACAGACAAGACACAAAAUUAAAUACAGCAGAAACGUCUUUAAUAUUUUUGUCCUGGUCUGGGACAUGUUCUCAAAACAAAAGCAGAAACUCAGGGGUAGCUUCUAGAAAAGGAAGAUAAAAAGGAGAGAAAAUAAAAAUGUUAAAUUUAUGGAUAUUAAACAACGAAUGAAUGAAUUAAUUCACUCUAUUAAUCCCACUGGAUGUUCAUUGUUAUGAAUUUUGUUAAGAUGUGUGUGCUUGUUGAGUGAGUAUAUUAUUUCCCUUUUUACUAGAAAAGGUUAACUGAGGCACUAAAGCUGCUAAAAUAAGAACCUGUCUCUUGUAAUGCUAACACUGUUCUCUAUUCUUACCUCAUAAAUCAAAUAUUGGCAGUCGAGACAGAACACUGUGCGAAUGUUCUCAAACUUCAGGGCAAAUGGUUUUAUUUUAGAGGACAUCUCAAACUCUUUUGACAGAAAAUUUUAAUAAUAAAGAUUCCUUUAUUAUUAUUAUUAUUUUAUUUAUUAUUAUUAUUAUUAUUUUUACAAAUGUAUAGUUUUUUAAUAUGAGUAAUUAAAAAAUAUUUCAUAAUUAAUCUUGCUGUAAAUAUUUGCCCAAUUUGAAUUAGAGGACAUGUUUAUUGCAAGUCAAGUUUGUUGUUUAAAUUUACAAAACAAACUAAUAAGUAACCGUACUUACUUAUGUUUUAAAUGUGGCCAAGAUUUAAAUGUGGGAUAUUUUGAUUUAAAUUGCAAAUUAUAUUGUAAAAACAGGUUUUAUUGUUUAUUUUUACUUCAUUGCACAUAAUAUGCAGAGAGAAAUAAUAAUUGAAUUGGUUUAAUUGCUAUUGGAUUGGUUUAUCUACACACCAAGUUAAAAAUAUCAAUUCAGUUGACUAGAACAGUGGUGGAAUGUGCUGAUGUAUAAAGCUUACAAAUUAAAAUGAAACCGUAAUGGAUGCAACUAUGCAAAUACUAAAUGAAUAUUUUACAAACUACAUACACUUUAAAUCAGAGUUGCCUAAGUCCAGUCCUGAUCUGUGCUUUCCUCCAUCCUUUGGAUGAAUCCCGUCUUAAACACACAUGAAUCAAAUGUCUGAGCUCCCUCAUCAUUAUUCAGUCAUUCAGUUUUUCAGAGGUCUGGUAUCGAGUCCAUUCAUUUGAUUCAGGCGUGUUGGAGAAAGGAUGCAUCUAAAAUUUGCAGCAGAGUAGCUCUCGAGUAGAGGACUUUGGCACCCUACUUUAAAUGAAUGAGAUAGUUUUAUUAGCAACUUAUGAAGUUUACUCUAUAUUAAAGGAAUUGGAUUUGUUUUUCAUGUUAAAUAAUAAAGGACACAUUAAAGUAAGUGUUUCAUAAUUUACUUGUUAUUUCUUGAUAGUUGAUCAACCAUUAAAUGAAAUCAGUUUAUUCACAAAACACACUCUAUCCUGGGCUGUUUUUGAACUUUAAUGCAGGUAAAAAAUUUAUUACACAUAUGGGUAAAUUUUAUUUGUGGUUUAUAGCUCUCUUUCAUUUAAAAACUUUCACUUCUCUUGCACUUCUCCCUGAUUUGAAUGCCACAGUUCAAAUCAGGUAAACGACAAGUAAACGACACAUCAGAGAGCAUAACUCGUGUUUUCUUCAAACCAUAUCUGCUUCCACUAACCCAACGAUCACAGAUGUCACUUUUUUUCGUCAAGGCGGCCUUUCUGCAGAAAUAAUCAUCCAGCCGUUUCUCCUGGUAUGAUUUCCUGUUUGUGCUCAGCACCGCUCUGCAUGCCGAGGAUGAGAUAGACAGUGACGGUGUUGCCUUUGACAACUUCCCUUAGAACUGUGAUGAUAUGUUAUUACACAUUGGCGCACAGCACAGCCUGUCCAGAUGUAGGUGUUUGUCUGAGGUUAUGAGUGGCAGUCUAUAAAACGUCUGAUAAAAUGACUAUCAUCACUCCAUAGCUCUCAGCAUCUCUGCUGACACCUGUCCUGCUGUUUGAAUUCGCCAGUGUUUUUCAACAUCACAUUACUGCACAUUGAAAUGCAUUGCAGCGAAACACACCCCAAUCAAAAUACUUCCUUUGUUUCAAUAAUUGUGCUUUAAAUACAUGUCUGUCGUAAAUCAAGCAGGUGUAAUUACAGGUUUCGUCUUGACAUAUGUUAGUCUCUAUACAAUUAAAUAAAUUAUCCGGAGUGCAA